CGCAAAGGGAAGGAGCCCGUGGGCUGAGGAGAUGCGGCACCUAGGCGGGGCGGCACGCGCCGCUUCCGGCCUCCGAUGCACGCAAGAUUAAGGAAGUCGCUGGGGAGGGAGCAGGGCUACUGGGGGCGUGCCGAAGUGUGGGUGCCCUCUGGCCUCUCUGCCGCCUUCUCUAUUGCACAACCAGCGUCUCCUUUCUCUGCUUCCUAUUCCAUUCAUAUCAGUUUCCUUGCGCACAAAAACCCUUCCCCCACAUCCCUCCAUCCCUCCUCAGUCUUGGUUUUCUGUACCCUCCCCCACCCCGUGUUCCUUGUUGCUUUGGACAUUUUUUGUUGCGCUCCACUUCCUUCUAGCCACGCUAUUAGUUUUACCUUCUUUCGCUUAUUGUUUUUGCGAUGCUGUCCGGCCUGAGUGGUGGCAAGAGAUGACUGAAGUGUGCCAGACUUGACUUUUAGACUCUUUACUGAUAUGUUGCUUUCAGUUCAUUUUCGUUGCCUCUUCUCCGUCUUUGUAUUUUGCUGGCAAUGGAUGUGACACAAAAGGGGCUUAGAGCUCCUGUUAGUACACUUCCACUUUUGCAAGAAGGGAUCAACGCAGACGGUGCUGAGCUUGCUCAGUACAAUCCAUCAGGCUCUGCAACUCCUGCCUCACGGGACAGUCCUGACCAGAAGUCCAUUGUACCUUUGAAUAGGGAAAGCCAAGAAAGCAGUAGGAGUCAGGUGUCUGUAAUUCUGCCCGUUUACAAUGCUGAAUGCUGGUUGGAUGAAUGUUUGAAAUCUCUUCUGAAUCAAGACUUCCAAGGUUCCAUUGAACUCUCUGUUUUUAAUGAUGCUAGUACGGACAAUUCAAUAAACAUAAUAGAAAAAUGGAAAGUUUUAUUAGAAGAAGUGGGCAUUCUAGUGUGUGUUGGAGGACAUUGUUCAUCCCGGCCGCAAGGAGUUGGCUUUGCUAAAAAUCGUGCUGUAGACCAGAGCUUGGGGACUUAUCUCUGCUUUCUCGAUUCUGAUGAUGUGAUGAUGCCUCAGAGAAUAAGGCUGCAACGGGAAGUUGCUAUUCAGCAUCCAAAAAGUAUUGUAGGUUGCCGAGUUAAGAGAGAACCAGCAGAGGCCACUCAGCGAUACACUCGUUGGAUCAAUAGUCUAACGAAUGAGCAACUUGUGACUCAGGUUUUUACUUCCCAUGGACCCACUGUUAUUAUGCCAACUUGGUUCUGCUCCCGAGAAUGGUUUUGUCAUGUAGGCAGAUUUGAUGAAGGCGGAAAGGGCACUCCAGAAGAUCUGCUAUAUUUUUAUGAACAUCUCCGAAAAGGUGGUGACGUCUUUCGAGUUGACCAGUGUCUUCUCCAGUACCGUUAUCACCCACAGGCAGCAACUCAUUCAGUUCGAGAGGAGACCAUCUGGACGCACCGUCUCCUGUUUCUGGAAGAGAGAGUUCUCAGUCAAUGGGCAUCUUUCACCAUUUGGAAUGCUGGUAAACAGGGCAGGAAGCUCUUUAGAAGUUUAUCUCUCACAAACCAAAAAAAAGUGAUUGCAUUUUGUGAUGUAGACAAAAAUAAGAUCACAAAAGGAUUUUAUGUUUAUGAAGAAUCUAAGGAAAAACCCAAACCCAGAAUACCCAUCAUACAUUUCAGAGAUGCUUCCCCACCUUUCAUAAUUUGUGUGAAACUGGAUCUGACAGGUGGACAGCUUGAAGAAAACUUGAACCAGUUAAACCUGAAGGAAGGUGUGGAUUACCACCAUUUUAACUGAUGUUUAUGGUAUACUAAAAAGUUGUAGUUUGUGAAACAAGUCAAAAGAGAGAUGAUUUGCAAAGGUUUUUGUUUUUAUCCAGCAGUGGUUGCAGUGUUACUGCAUAACCUCUGCUUUACUCGUGAGCUCUUCCUUCAAAGGAACUAUUAAUAAACUCAAGUAUUACACA